AUGGACCCGAGCAUACAGCGCGCUCUCAACGAGAAGCUGUACGAGAAACGCAAGAUUGGCGCGCUCGAGCUCGAACGCUCCAUUCGCGAGCUUGUUGCUCACAAAGAUACUGCAACUGUCGAAGCAAUCCUCGACCAACUAUGCAACGAAUAUGCGUAUACUGUCCACCAGCACUCCCGUAACGGCGGCCUAAUCGGACUGGCGGCUGCCGCCAUAGCCCUUGGCUCAGAACUGCCACGAUACUUGGAAACCAUCGUCCCGCCCGUGCUGGCCUGUUUUGUCGACCAAGAUGCUCGCGUGCGCUAUUACGCUUGCGAAGCCAUGUACAACAUCGCAAAGGUUGCCAAGGGCGAGAUUUUGAUUUAUUUUAACCACAUCUUCGAUGCCCUGUGCAAGCUUGGUGCCGACUCCGAAUUAUCGGUUAAAAAUGGUGCCGAGUUGCUUGACCGCUUGGUCAAGGAUAUUGUUUCCGAGUCGGCUGCCACGUAUGUCUCAGUUCUUGUCACAUCCGAUUUCGAGAGCGGGGACAAGGGAUUCGACCAGGACGAUGUCGACCUUCCCACCGCUUUCUCGUUGAAACGAUUCAUACCGCUCCUGAGGGAUCGCAUCUUCGUUCUCAACCCCUUCACUCGGACAUUCCUCGUCGGCUGGAUCGUGCUUCUAGACUCCAUCCCUGACUUGGAACUGGUGGCAUACUUGCCAGAUUUUCUUAGCGGCCUGCUGACUUUUUUGAGCGACGCGAAUCGUGACGUGCAUAUUGCUACACAAACCUGCCUCGACAAAUUUCUGGGCGAAAUCCGAAGGAUUUCUCGCGUUAAGAGAGGCAUCGCUGACAGUAGGAAAUCCAAGACGAGGGGUGAUAAUAAGCACAAGUUUGUUCAAACUGAGACUCCUGGAAGUGUCCUAGCACAUGUGGAGGAUCCAGCCAAAGGCUUUCAUAACAGCCCCGACUCAUCCACCAUUGCCACAAACGCCCCAGCAUCGGUUCUUUGGAACGGUAGCGUCGGCAGUAAAGGUAACGAUGGCUCUGGAGCCGAUGGUGACGAUGCUGAUGAUGGAGAGGAGGCCGAAGAUGACGACUACCACAACAACGAUGCCGACGAACCUGAUGUUGACAGCGAGGACGACUGGGUGCCUGGCCAGGAUGUCCAUAUUCAUUACGGCGCUAUCUUGGAAAUUUUGACGGAUACGUUGGACUCACCCCAGGGAGAAGAUGGCCUCUUAGAGUCACUGCGCUGGAUUGUCGAGUUUUUGGACAUUUGCCCCGAAGAAGUCUUACCUUUUACCCCCAAGAUUCUUGCUCAUUUGCUUCCAGCAUUGGCAAGCGGAAUCGAAACCAUUCGGCAGGCUGCCGUUCGUGUCAACAACUCUCUUAUAGACUACGUUGUAUCUCUCCCUGCCGACCAGGAGGCCGGAUUAAGUUCGACGCUGCCGCUCAGAGCUGCUAAUGUUACACCCGCCCAAGCUGUUGACCGCCCGGAUACGAGCAGCAACCGAGCUUCCUUGUCCAUCUCCAGAGAUUUCGAUGGGACGAACCCAGCAUCAUCAUCUCUUCUACCCACAAGAGCCGCGUCGGCUACAACAACGGCUGCAUUUAAUGCUAGAAGAUCACCAACACCGGCAACUGACCAAAAAAUUCUAACGGGACCGUCUCCUCAACCGGAACUGGAUUAUGCCGCUGCUGUGAACUCUCUAACCCUGCUAUUUUUAAACGAUUACGAGGCGACGCGUGUUGCGGCUCUCACGUGGUUGAUCAUGCUGCAUCGCAAGGCGCCCAGAAAAGUCCUGGCUUUCAAUGACGGGACGUUUCCGGCCUUACUCAAAACUCUUUCAGAUCCUGCGGAGGCCGUUGUGACGAAAGACUUGCAGCUGCUGUCACAAAUAUCUCGCAAUAGCGAAGAUGACUACUUUUCGAACUUUAUGGUGAAUCUUCUACAGCUGUUUUCUACGGAUCGGAAGUUGCUAGAGACGAGAGGUAACCUCAUCAUACGCCAGCUUUGCGUCAGUCUCAGCCCAGAACGGAUCUACCGGACCCUUGCCAAUUGCAUAGAGAGAGAGGAGGAUGUUGAGUUUGCCAGCAUCAUGGUCCAAAAUCUCAAUAACAACCUGUUAACAGCACCGGAAUUGGCUGAUCUCCGCAAGCGCUUGCGAAACUUGGAAACGAAAGAUGGGCAGACCUUUUUUGUCGCUCUUUUCCGCUCCUGGUGCUACAAUGCCGUGGCCACGUUUUCGUUGUGUUUGCUUGCUCAAGCCUACGAGCAAGCUUACAACCUUCUUCAAAUCUUGUAUGAACCUCCGUGA